AUGGCCUCCAUUGCCAGGAUUUACAAGAACAUGUCGUUGGACUACGCAAGUCUUCUGGAUAUAGAAGAGGACAUAAACAAGCGCAAGAUCAUCCACGAUACCAUGGCGUCCACGGCACUCAUCGUCGAGUACCAUACCAGUAUAGCUGCGCUGAGCGAGGAUAUGCGAGGGUUCAAGAGCAUGUCGAAGAGGCUACGCAGGAAAAUAAUGUACAGCACAUGCGAUGAGGAGGUCAUCAGCCGCUACAAGCAGAAAUACAGCCACAUACUGGCUAUGCUGGAUGCCACUGGUGUGGAGUUGAAGGCCAAGUGCAAGCUGUUCCGCGAAGAGCGCAUGGUGCUGGACUUUCUGCAGGCUAGUAUUCUGGGAACAAGCCCUGUUAACGCGCCAACACUUGCUCGCAAGGCACUGAUCGAGAUGUCUAUUCCCAAUGAGGAGCUCAUGGGCACGGAGACCGGCGAUGAUUCCUGCGACCAGGAGUGUUCCUGA